CAAGCGUGAACAUCAAAAUAUCGGAAUGGUCACUAAAAUUUUGAUUUUUGUUGCCGCUUUUCUCCUGGUUUCUUCAGAACAUCAUACUGAAAUUUCAUCUGCUUCUCUGCAUACAAAUAGUUCACCAAAACAAAUCAUUUUUAAGCCGUUUGGAGAAUAUUAUGGAGAAACCAAAAAUGGCACGAGAUAUAAGAAAAAAUACUAUUUCUUCGAACAUUUUAAAUCAACAUGGAUUAAUGCUAAAAUAAUAUGUAAAGCAUUUAAUUUGGAAUUGGCAACAUUUGAAACUAAAGAUGAAGCUGAUAAUUUUCUCAAAAAAACUGCAGCAAUUAAACAUUUUCAAGACAAUAAUGAAGCCUAUGUUUUAGUUGAUGGGAUGACAUUCAUGUCUGAGUUACCAAUGCAUUUUUAUUGGACAAAUUCAGGCUUGAAAAUUCCAUAUAACUUGACAUGGGCUGAAGGAGAACCAACCAAUGGUUAUAAAGAUGAAAAUUGCUUAUCGAUAGGAAGAGCAAAUAAGAAUGAAACUUUGGGAUUCAAUGAUAUUAACUGUAAUGAAAAUGUAGCUGAAUUUCUAUGCCAACAGACUAUGUUGAUACAGUAAACCUUUUAAUUAUUGAAAUUAUAAAUCCACAAAUUUCCAAAUAAACAAUCUCAAUUCUUUCCUCAAAUCGCAUUGAGU